AUGGACGGCCCGGCCGGCCCCGAGCUCUGCUACCCGCAGCUCGCCAAUGCCUCCUGCAGCGGCCUGAUGCGCCCGCGCUCCGAGGCCGUCCUCCUCUACGCGCUGCUCUCCUGCGUCACCGUGCUCACCGUCCUCCUCAACCUCGUGGUCGUAGUCUCCAUCUCCCACUUCCGGCGGCUCCGCAGCCCCACCAACGUGCUCCUGCUGUCGCUGGCCGUCUCCGACCUGCUGGUGGGGCUGCUGGUGAUGCCGGUGGAGACGCUGCGCUUCAUAGAGACCUGCUGGCUGCUGGGAGACCUCAUGUGCGCUCUGUCCUACAUCGUCGGCUUCACGCUCACGUCGGCCUCCGUGGGAAACAUGGUGCUGAUAUCCAUCGAUCGCUACGUCGCCAUUUGCUACCCUCUGCAGUACCCCUCCAAAAUCACCAGCGGCAGAGCGGCGGCGGGUGUGUGUCUGUGCUGGGCCUGCUCCCUGCUCUACAACGGGCUGAUCCUGAAGGACCAUCUCCGGCAGCCGGACAGGUACAACACCUGCUACGGGGAGUGCCUGGUGGUGAUCACCUACGUCUCCGGAACCGUCGACCUGGUGUUCACCUUCAUCGGGCCCUGCUCCGUCAUCAUCCUGCUCUACAUGAGGGUUUUCGUCGUGGCCGCGUCUCAGGCCCGCUCCAUGCACCUGCAGAUCGCUGGCACAGCCCAGACAGUGAGGGUGACUGCAAAGAAGUCUGAGAAGAAAGCAGCCAAGACUCUAGGCAUUGUCAUAUUUGUGUUUCUGAUGACUUUCUUUCCGUAUUACUAUCCCUCUCUUGCAGGACAGGACAUCUCAAACAGCAGCUCGUCCUGGACCGUCGUGUCCUGGCUGCUGUACUUUAAUUCCUGCUUGAACCCUCUGAUAUAUGCUUUCUUCUACCCGUGGUUCAGAAAAGCCACGUGGCUCAUCGUCACCCUGAAGAUACGAGAGCAGAACUCCUGUCAGGCAAACAUACUUUGA